GGAAGUGUGAAGCGAACCCCGGAGUAAAUAAAGCGGAGGUGAAUGCGCGCUCCGGAGGAGGAGGAGGUGGUGGGGAGGUGGGAAAGCGAGCAGGACUGUAUGAAACAGCGGUUGGUGUUGGAGGACACUGAGGCGUGGCAGAAGGAGCCAGACUUCAGAGGGCUGGAGAGAGUCGGGGGAGUCGACCUGUCAUUUAUUAAAGGAGACGAGCACAAUGCGUGCGCUCAACUUGUCAUCCUCAACUACCCCGAGCUCCAGGUGGUAUAUGAUGUCAGUGAGAUGGUGUGUCUCAGUUCUCCGUAUGUUGCUGGGUUUUUGGCCUUCAGAGAGGCUCCACCACUGCUGCAGCUUCUCCACACACUGCAGAGAGAGCAGCCUGAGCUAAUGCCACAGGUGCUGUUUGUGGAUGGGAACGGUCUGUUUCACUACAGAGGUCAGUGCGGAGAGUUCGGUUUGGCGUGUCACCUCGGCGUUCUGUUGGACCUGCCUUGUGUGGGCGUGGCUAAGAACCUGCUCCAAGUGCAGGGUGUAGUCAAGAAUGAUGAGCACCUGUCCCAGAUCAGUGCUCUGAGUAAAGCAGGUGAUACUUUCCCACUGGUCACUGAUUCAGGAAAAAUACUUGGACAAGCUCUGCGCAGUUCAGACCGCAGCACUAAACCCGUGUACGUGUCAGCAGGUCAUCGGAUUAGCCUGGACACAGCCGUCCGUCUCACACGUUCCUGCUGCUGCUACCGUGUUCCUGAACCCACAAGACAGGCGGAUCUGCGCUCGAGAGAAUACCUGCGAACACACUUUCCCUCUUCCAGCUAAACACACACACAGGUGCUGAAGGAUGAAAGAAGAGCCUUGAAGAUGUGUGUGUGUGUGUGUGAGAGAGAGAGAGAGAGAGAGAGCAAUAAUUAGUGUGUCUACAAAACAAACCAAAAAUUUUUCAUUUUAAAUCAUUGAACAUUACAGCUGAGAUCUUUAGAAAUGACUCAUUUGGUAAAAAGACGGAUAAAGGUGUGUGUGUGUGUGUGUGUGUGUGUGUGUGUGUGUGUGUGUGAGAGAGAGCAAUAAUUAGUGUGUCUACAAAACAAACCAAAAAUUUUUCAUUUUAAAUCAUUGAACAUUACAGCUGAGAUCUUUAGAAAUGACUCAUUUGGUAAAAAGACGGAUAAAGCUGUGUGUGUGUGUGUGUGUGUGUGUGUGUGUGUGUGUGUGUGUGUGUGUGUGAAAUGAAGCAGAUUUCAGCUCUCAGUGUGGGGUUUUUCUCUCAUCUUCGCUGCCUGGUUGUGUGUUAUGUAAUCUUUGUAUGCUGCAAUGACACACACACACACACACACACACACACACAGACAGACACACCCAUUACGGGUUGCCUCUGCAUCAUUUCUGUCACUGCAGCUCGAUGAAACGUUUUUGGAAACUAAGGACCAUUAAUUAUUAAAGACCCAUCAAAGAACCAUUUUUUUGGAAACUAAGAACCCCGACUUAUCCAACAAACCCAUGAAAGAACCCUCAGAUCUCAGUGUGUGUGUAUUAACCGGGUCAGGAUUCAGCACAAAGUGUAAAUUAUUCCUCAUUAUUUUUUCUUUGUAGCUAGAACCUCGAACCUGUCAGGGGCUUAACAUUUAACGUCUUGGUAUUUAGUAUGUUCUGGGGGGGGUUCUUUCGAGAAGAUUUUGUAGAAUAUUUGAAGAAUAUUUUAUACUGCAUUUUAUUUUGUAGACUAUUCAGAGAACAUUCUGAAAAUGAAAGGUUUUUAUCCUUGUAGGGUUUUGGAGCCGAUUCUGAGAGGAAACACUGCCAUAAGGUUCUCUACGGAACCAGCGAAGGCUCUCUAUGGAUUUAAAGCCGAGGCCUUCGUUUGAUCCGAGACGAUAACAGGAAAUUACAGAUAAUUUGAUAAGAACCGAUCGUUUUGCUCUGAUCCUGAUUGCGUCCGUCUGUAAAAUGUUUAUUUCACAGGAAACGAUGAAAUCACUGAAUUAAAAAAAAACAAAACACAAGAACUGAAAGGACCACAGAUCACAAGUGCAUUUUUUUUUUCCAGAUAUAUCUGAUUGUCCUGUUUUCCCAUGAUUCUUUGCAGCUUUUUGAUUUUUUUUUCAUCUUUAAUUCUCUCGGAGUAAUCUGAUCCGCUCGUAAGCGAUCCCUCGCGGUUGAUUCCAUUAGUCUGCUGCUUUUCCUUACACUCACUUUUUUUUUCCUUCUCCUGAAGGAAAUGUCAUUUUUGCCUCCUUUAAAUUCAAUCCAGGUUUUUGAUUUUGUUUCGUCAUGACUUGAAGCUUGUUUCAUUUGGUACACUCUCAGGGUUCUUCGGAUGUUAAAGGUUCUACUUGUGAACUUUUCCAAUUGAGAACCUUUUUGAAAAGAAUCAUUGAGAAUAGUUUUGGUCUUGGCCAAACUUGGUCCCACCCACCAGCCAGCUCUCCACCAAUCAUACAACAGCUACAAGGGAAGCUGAAACACGUGACGCCAACCAUCUGUCUGCUUGUACUGCGUCACUGGGCCCUGUAGCACACUCAGAGGAAAGUGCUGUCUACCGUCUUCCACAUACACGAUCGACAGGAGAGAGAGAGAGACAGCAGGCCCCUCCCACCCUGUUUUGACUUCCAGCCACAAACAGGAUUCAAACUCUUUUUUUUGUUUGUUUGUUUGUUUGUUUGUUUGUUUGCCCGGUUUGGAUUUUUACAACAUGUCUCGCGAACUUCACCUCACUCGCAAACAAGGAGAGGAUGGACAAGCGAGGAAAGACUAAUUUCAAAGUAUUUGUUGCUGAAGCAGGGCUCGACAUUACACUGCAAAAAAUAAAAAUCUUAGGAAGUUUAUUUGUCUAUUUUCAAGUCAAAACAUCUAGCCACCUUUAUUAUAAGACAUAAUUGCCCAACAAGCAAAACCUCAUUUAGCGAGAGGCUAGUUUUUAGACAGUCCAUCUUGAAAAUCUUGUAGCGACAAAAUGUCUUGAAAAAGUCUUAUUUGGAGCACCUUUGAAAAUAAAACAAGUUUUAUUUAAAACAAGUAAGUACAUUUUGGACAUUUGUCAAAUGCAGUUCAUCUUGUUUCAGGAAAAAAACCCAAAGUAUGCUUGUUUUGGGAAUAAAUGAACUUUACUGAAAUCUUUGAAUCUUUCAUUACAAUUCAUACAUUUCAAAACAUAUACUCUAGACCAGACAAGCGCCUUCAAAAAGGCUUUGAGUGAGUGGAGGCGUUUUAGUGAGGACUUUUUGGAAUGCUGUGAGUUAAGUUCAGUGGGGUUUUUUUUGUUGUUGUUUUUUUUUUGUGCCUGAUCUUGUAAACCCCUCGUACACAUGAAUAGUCAGUGCCCCCCAAAAUGCACUGUUGCUUUGGCGUUGUGUAAGCACUGUAAGUCAAAAUGCAUAGACUUUUUUUUUUUUUGGUGCCUGAGGUCCUGGGGAAGUGGAAUCUUAAGAGAUGUUUUAAUGUUUGAAUGUUGAAAUGGGAAAAAAUAAAUAAACUUGUUGCAAUGCUA